AUGUCUAAGAAAACAGUCUUAAUCACAGGCUGCAGCCAAGGAGGCAUCGGCGCCGCACUCGCCAAAACCUUCCACUCAAAGGGCUAUCACGUCUUCGCAACAGUACGCAACAAAUCCAAAGCCGACCCAUUUCUCCAAUCCGACGACAACAACACCAAAUCUAUCUCGAUAUUAGAUUUAGAAAUCACAUCCCCCGACUCAAUCAAAGCAUGUGCAGAGCUUGUCCGAGAACGUACAGGCGGAUCUCUGGAUAUUCUCGUCAACAAUGCCGGGAUGGGACUUUGUCUCCCGUUGCUGGAUACUUCCAUCGAUGAGGCGAAGAAAGUGUAUGAUUUGAAUGUUUGGGGUAUUCUUGCCGUGGCUCAAGCAUUUACGCCAAUGCUUGUCAAGGCCAAAGGCGUUGUUUGUAAUAUUAGCUCUGUUGCUGCUUGUUUUCCCUCUGCUUGGGGUGGAAUAUACAACUCCUCCAAAGCAGCAACAACCCUACUCUCGGAAACCCUCCGUCUCGAACUCUCCCCUCUCGGCGUACGAGUCAUAACUGCCAUGACAGGGGCCGUAAACACGCAAUUCUUCGCCGAUAGAACGGAUCUCAUUCUCCCCGAAACCUCAUAUUAUCAGCCCAUCCGAGACGUGAUCGACCGUGAAAACAAAGGUUUGAUAUAUACGAAUAAACAGGAUGUUGAUGUAUAUGCCAAGAAUUUGGUUAACGAUAUUGUUUCUGGGAAGAGCGGGUUGGUGUGGAGGGGACAGUCUUCUUCGAUGGCUUGGUUGUUGUCGGCGAUUUUGCCGGGGAGGUUGUUAGCUUAUUUGGUUAAUGGGGAUAAGGGGCUUGAUGAGCUUGCGCGGGCUAAUCGUGCCUAG